AUUAGCAACAAGGAAGUUCUAGGGUAUCCUUCCUUUUAAAUCCAUCUAGUGCUAGUUUGAACAGUAAGUGAUCCAUGAACAAUGAUCGGUGAUUCUUUCACCUCCGCCGAUACUUCUACUCCUCUUCUAACAGGCGACAUUGUUGAAGGAGUUUCCGACUACAAUGGCCGCCCAGUCGAAAGAUCAAAUUUCGGUGGCUGGAGAUCCGCCUCCUUUAUUAUAGGGGUUGAAGUUGCCGAGAGAUUUGCAUAUUUCGGCGUAAGCUCCAACUUAAUUAGCUAUCUGACCGGUCCGCUAGGUCAGUCCACGGCCACUGCUGCAGCAAACGUCAAUGCAUGGUCAGGAGCUGCCUGUUUGUUACCGCUCCUUGGAGCCUUUGUUGCCGAUUCAUUUCUAGGUCGUUACCGUACUAUUAUCAUAUCUUCAUGUGUCUACACCCUGGCAAUUGGGCUAUUAUUCCUUUCUGUUGUUCUUCCAUCUGAUGGCUUCUCGGAUUCUUCUUCUCCUCCACUGGUUAAGAUUAUCAUCUUCUUCUUUGCAUUAUACCUGGUAGCCAUUGCACAAGGAGGACAUAAGCCUUGUGUACAAGCUUUUGGAGCUGAUCAGUUUGAUGCACAAGAUCCUAAAGAAUGCAAAGCCAAAAGCUCAUUCUUCAACUGGUGGUAUUUCUGUGUUUGUGGAGGUACUGGGGUAACCACCAUAAUAAUGAACUAUAUACAGGAUAACCUCAGCUGGGGUCUUGGAUUUGGAAUUCCUUGUAUUGUCAUUAUCUGUGCACUUGUUAUAUUUUUGUUGGGCACAAAAACAUACAGAUUUGGAACCACAAGUGUUGGAAGAAGAAGCUCCUUUAGCAGAAUUAGUCUUGUAUUCAUCAAAGCAGCUAGGAACUGGCAAAUCAAAGAAGAAGUUCAUGGAGCUUCUGAACAAUUCAGGUUUGUUAACAAAGCCUUAUUACAAUCACUUGAUGAUUCAAACAAAGUUGAUCACACUUGCACCUUAGAAGAAGUUGAAGAGGCAAAGGCAAUUCUAAGGCUAGUUCCAAUAUGGGGCUCAUGUCUUAUAUACGCCAUUGUAUUUGCACAAGCUAACACUCUUUUCACCAAACAAGGUGUCACCAUGAAUAGAUCAAUUACUCCAAGCUUUAACAUACCACCCGCUUCCCUUCAAUGCUUCAUAAGCCUCUCCAUAAUCAUCUUCAUGCCCAUCUAUGACCAAAUAUUUGUUACCAGAACUAGAGCUAUUACUGGAAAACCCUCUGGCAUAACCAUGCUCCAAAGGAUCGGAUUUGGGAUCUUCCUAUCAAUUGUUUCCAUAUCAAUUGCUGCUAUAGUCGAGAGAAAAAGGCUCUUAACCGCUUUCCAAUAUGGUCUUAUAGAUAAACCAAAGGAAACUGUUCCAAUGAGCAUUUGGUGGUUAGUGCCGCAAUACAUGUUGUUUGGCAUAUCAGAUGUGUUCACCAUGGUUGGUUUACAAGAGUUUUUUUACGAUCAAGUGCCGCUUGAAUUGAAGAGUGUCGGACUUGCUCUUUAUCUUAGCAUUUUUGGAGUGGGGAGCCUUCUAAGCAGCCUUCUUAUUUCUGUUAUCGAGACCAUUACUAAUAGAGAUGGUCGGGAUAGUUGGUUUUCGAACAGUUUGAACCGGGCUCAUUUGGACUACUUUUAUUGGCUGUUAGAUGGGCUUAGCAUGUUCGCCUUUAUAGUUUAUUUGUACAUUGCCAGACGAUACAUCUACUACAAUCAUCGAGGCAAGGGCACUAUUAUAUGAGGUACUUGUCUCUAUUGGUUAUCUUAGUAAUGUAUAUUCGGUAAUUUG